AUGAAUGAAGAGCUCAUUGACGAUAACAACAACUACUACAACGACGACAUUAAUAUUGUCAAAGAACUUAUUGAAUCAUUAGUUAAUCGUGUUUCAUUUUUAUCAAUUGUUGAUCCUAGUUACUUAAAAGAAUUUCAUCACAUUCAAAAUUCAACUGAAACGUUAUUUAUGGGUCCAUUGAGUACUUUGAAUCGAUCUAUUCGACAAUUAUUAAAAUUUGAAUUUAAUACUGCUAUAAAAUCCACAGAUUUUUCAACACUGAGGUUUCCUACCGAUCAUAUACCAUCAUCAAGAUGUUGUUCGUCACGAUUAAAUCGUGGUGAUCAACUAACAAAACAAUGUCAGCUUCAUCAACGUUUCAAUAAACGACUUGAAUGGCUUCAACAACGACAACAAUUAUGUAAACAAUUAAAUGUUGAAAAUCUUCAUAAAACAAGAACUCAAACGCCCAUCAUAAAUAAUAAUUUAGAGACAUAUAUCAUUGAUAAUAAAGAACAGACAGAUAUACCCAAAUUAACAAUUAGUUCUGCAAUAUUAAUAGAAUCAGAUUGGAUUCAUCAACGUUUAAAAUUAAUUGAUCAUACAUUGACUCAGUUAAGACAAUCAAAUGAUAAUGAAACAAUGGCAAAUAUUCAAGAAUAUGAUAACUGUGCAAGAUGUCGAAUUUAUGAAAAACAACGACCUUUAAAAAAAAAAAUUGAAUCUGUAAAACAACCACAAGGACAGAAAAACAGAAAAAAUCAAAGAAAAGAAAUCGACAACGAGUUCCAACUACAAUUUAGUCCGGAAUAUGACAUUAUUCUAUCAUUAUCAAAAGUAGCUGAUCGAAUCGGGCAUGGUUCUGGUGUAAAUAAUCAAGAAAAAAUUGAAUCAAACGAUGCAAACUUAUUGAUACGCACAAAUCGAAAAACUAAACAACGUAUUGUUAAUUCAUUACUACAAGCAACACAUACAAAUGAUCUGCUAAGAACAUCAAGUCGAACACAAAGUUCUGAAAGUCAAACACAUUCGAACAGUAGUAAUAGUAUGGAUAACAAACGAAAGCGAACAUCCUCACCAUCCAUCAAUCCUCCUAUUCCAUUACUUUCAUCAUCAUUGUCAACAAUGUCUCAUAAUACUAACGAAAUAAUGACACCAAUAUGGCGUCAGUUAAGUUCAAAAGAUUUGGAUUCAUUUGAUGAUUAUAUGAACGAUGAUUUUGAAGAUAUUUCUGAUGAUACUUAUAUUCAUCGACAUUUACAUUGUGAACAGGAACAAGAACUGUGGCUACAUGAUCCACCGGCAUCAUCAUCUCAUACCACUACAUCUCGACAAAAUUCAUCUACUACAUCAAAAUUAAAUGGUUCACAUUCAAUUGGUGAAUUUACAACUCUUAAACAGCAACAAAUAUCUCAUACAACAAACAAUUCACAAUUAUCACAAAAACGAAUUCAGACGAGUAAUAAUCAUAUUCCCAGUUACACAUAUCGUUUGACAGCAAAUGGAGUUGCUUACACUGAAACUAUUGAUAAUGAACCUAGAGUUUAA